UGGCGCUGCCUUCGCCCCCACUGGCCCUGGAGCAGCGUGUCCCGUGCUGGAACUGCUAUCGAAACCACUCCUCCCCGCCGCCCGCUUCCGGAUGAGGCCACGACGCCGGGAAGGAAGAGGAGGGAGGGAGGCGAGGAAGGCAGCAGGACCCCUCACCUGCUCGCUCCCUUGACCCCGUAACGGGUUGGGACAGGUUGGGAAUUUGGGCACGGGGCCCAGAGUAUGGGGCCUCUCCUACCUGGGAAGAGCUGGCAAGCGGCCCCCAUGGAGCCCGGCGCUGUGCAAGGGGAUGAGGAAGGAAUGAGGAUGGUGCAAGAGCUGCUGUGCCAACGUCCGGAGCAGCUGGGAGGGCUCUGACAGCACCGCCGCCCUCUGCACACUGCCCCGUUUGUGGGGUGCAUCGGGGACCCCCCUCUACCUGAGCCCCUCCGCGGUCACACAGCAGCACACAGCCCCCAGCCCCACAGUAUGGCAUUGGGGGUGUUGGAUACUGAGGGCUGGAGGAGGAGAAGGAGGGAAGGGGGAGCGGUGGGGUGCUCUCCCUUCCCCCCUCCCCACCACAACGCAGCACCGCGGUCCCAGCAGCGGGGUGCUAUGGGGGCACUGCCACAUGGGCUGGUUUCCAUGCAGGAAACUGAGCACGGUGGGUGAAGCAGCAGGGCAAAGCCACAGACGCGCAGUUCCCCAAAGCCUCUGGCUCUGCAGACCGCAGGCACGGCACAGCUGCAGGCGGCAGCCGUGGGGCGAAUGUGUUCUUAUUGGGAAUUUCCCUCCCCAACCACCUCCUGCCCCAUAGCAGUUUCCCUAUAUGAAGGCAAGCUGGGUGUUGGCAUGGGGAGGGGUGACGCUGCCUCUGCUCCCAUAUGGAUCCCCAUCACUGGAAGCAGCAGCCUCUGGGGGUCCCCCACACAGUGCUUGGAGGGUCCCUGCUGGCUGCACCCCGCUGCACAGCCCCACAGUGGGGCACUGAAGUGUUCCCUGCUGACCCCCCCCCCCGAGGUGCAAUGCAGCCGCCGGACACAAGCCAAGCACCCCACAGCCGGGUGCUGAAGGACCCCUUUGCACCCUGAGAACUGGUGGAAAGAGUCAAGGGAACAGAAGGCUUCAGGGCAUGGCAACCCCCCCACUUAGGGGCCAGGAGCACUGAGGGCGCCGCUGUCCCCCUGUGCCACCAGCAGCACUCCCACGCACACAGAGCCAUCCAGGCAGCCCGACCCCAAGCAAUUCCAGUGCUGAACAUCACAGGGCCACUCCAACACAGGCCAACAUCACCCAGCAAAGGGCAGGGGGCAGCGGGUGGGCAAUAGGUGUCCCCCCACCAGCAGGAACGGGGACAGCAGCUCCGGGCAUCGCUCAGCUCCACGUGCACCUUUCGCUCUCCAUGCGCUCCCAAGGAGGUGCAAGUUUGGACAACCGCUGCGAUGCCUCUCCACGGCACAGCCCCACGGAGCGGGGUUCGCUUAUGCCAAAGCCAAAAAUGAACCCGACGCACCAAAAAGCAAGCAAGCAACCCCUCAACCCUCCCCUGCCCACCUUCAGCCCCGGACUCACAGGAGAGCUGGUUCAACAGCCUGCUGAGCCAUCCCAUGCUCCCGCGCCGAAGGCGAGCUCGUAGCUACGAAACGCCGGAGAGAAACAGGUUUCCCCCCCCCCCACUCCGCCUCCCCCCUUCCCCAAACCUCCCUCUUCAUUGGCACAGAGAGAAGCGAUAAAAGCUGACGGGAUUUAUUAAUAGCACCUCUCCCAUCACCAGGGAGCGAGCGGCGCUUUGGGAAACGGCUUCGAGCAGCGGCUGCAGGAGGCCAGAAGGCACCCAACUUACUUUUGGCCGAGGGCAGGAGGGUCCGAGAGCCGAAAGGGGGGGGGGGGCUCUGGGGGCUUCCAGCCGGUGUUGGGAUGGAGAAGGAGAAGUGGUGAGGAAGGAGCAGGGAGAGACUCCCAGGAGCGGUGCUGGGGGUGUCCUCCGAGCCGAAGGGUGGGUGGCAGCGGUCCCCACCGGCUCGGUUGCUGCAGGUGGUUGCUGCCAUCUGCAGGCUGGCCGACCUCAGCUGGAGGAGCGAAACCCUUCGGGUGACUGCCAGCGAGUUCAAGGAAUGCGGUUAUCGAUGGGCUUUGAAAGCCCGCCCCGUGUUUUUUUGACUUUUCGGGGGAGAAAAAUCCCUUUUCCCGUGCUCUGAGAGCUGCAGGGGAAAGGCAGAUCGCCCUCCGUGCAGCCCCCAGCGCCGGCUGCUCAGCAGUGCUGGGUGAUGGGGAUACCACGGGGGGUGGCACAGCGUGCCCCAAGGAGGGUUGUGGUACCCAGGUGGUUGUGGAGGGGCUGUCGCUAUAAGCGGUGGCACGGGUUGCCCAGAGAGGGGGUGGAUGUCCCUGCAGACAGCCAAGGUCAGGCUGGAUGGGGCUCUGAGCACUGAUAGAGCUGUGGGUGUCCCUGCUCAGUGCAGGCAGUCGGACCAGGUGGCCUUUAAGGGUCCCUUCCAACUCAAACCGUUCAGUGAUCCUAUGGCUCUGUGAUUAAUGUUGGGAAACACCUCAAAGAUCACCCACCACGCCCACCCCACCAUGCCCACCGACCACGUCCAUCAGUGCCACAUCUCCAUGGGUCUGGAACACCUCCAGGGACGCUCAUCCAUCCCCCACAAGGUAACCACUGACUUAUUUCUGCUCACCGACCCCAUUCAGCCCAUGCCUACAAACUCUGGGUUCUCCUCCCUCACCCAGCCCAGCUCACCUCCUCUUUGUACCUUGGGACAGCUGCUAUGGGCCCACCCUGCUCAAUCGAACUGAGGUCCUGCAUGGGCUUGGAGCGACCCCAAAUGCCCUUUUGGGGGAUGCCCUUUGGUCACAGCUGGCUCCCAGCCCAGGGAAAACACCCGCAGUUGGAAAGUGGUUCCCUGGGUGCCAGAUAGGACAUGAAGUCCCAUUGUGCUGCUGGUGGAGGAGCUGCUGGGGGGCACCCAGCCCACAGCAGGGGGUUGGUCCCGCAUGGCCAUUGAGGUCCCUUCCAACCCAACCAUUCAGUGAUUCUAAAACUGCUCCAGGAUGCCCCGGCAUCCACUUGGCUCCGGGCUGUGGGAACCGGUGGCAUCGCCUGUGCUGUUGCCAUGGGGUUGCCAUGGUAUUUGUCUCUGCUGUUGCCAUGCAGAAAGGAGGAGGUUGGGAAUGUGGGGUUGCUGCCAGGGCCACCAGCACGUCCCCGGGCCCUGCAGUGAGGAGUCAUGGGUCGGACUUGGCCCACAGCUCCCCAGGUCCUCCUCCUUGCACUUCUUGAAGCUAGGACUGACAUCACUUCUCCCAAGGAACACAAGCUCACCACUAGUAUAGCAGCAAAUAGAUUUAUGACUGAUUUCUUGCACGCACGUGGAUACACACAUAUCCAACGUGUCACCAGCGCACAGCACUGUAGAGGAAGAGGGCCACCAAAAGGACAAGGGCCUGGAGCAGGGUGACACAGUGCAGCACUGCCACUACUUCUGGGGCAGAGCAUGGAGGAGCACUGGGAGCAAGUGGGGAGCCCCCCAGCAGGUCAGUCUGCACAGGGCCCGUGCAUGAGGCACCCUUCUCCUUCUUGUGCACCAUCACCAGGGAUCAGGCCAGGUAAAGAUGGGUGGUAGCUGCCCCUGGGCUUCCCCUGCUGGGGGGUGACAGAGUGCACUGAUUGGGACUCAGGGCCACAGCAGCCAUUGUGUGUCUGAGGGAUGUCACCAUUGCGUCACAGACAUGGCCUUGUUUUGAGUGGCUCCAUGCUGUGGCCCUCUAUCAGAAGAGCAGCUGGGAGGAGGAGGUGGGUAGGAGCAGGGUGCACGUCAGUUGGCCUCCAAAAUCCCAGAGCCCAGACACCUUUCGGGCUGGUCGUGUCCAUUCCACCAUCACAGGGCUGUUGUUAAGAGCUGUGUGGUCAUGCUGGUGGCCACACACUUAAUAUGACUUCCAAGCAGAAGAUGAAGCUAUGGAUUCUGGCAAUCAUGACAAUCCUCCCAGCCCUCAGCAUCUGGGGUCGCUGGGGCCACAGGGUGUUCUGCAUCAUUAUUCUGCUGGGCAUAGCAGUGCUGGCCAUCCUCAUGGCCAGGAGGCAUCACAACAACGACAAGGUCCAUGCUUCCCAAGCAGUGCCCACCAAGGCUGGCACUCUCCACAAAGCCAAGCCUGCUUUGUGGAGCAGGGCACAUCAGCAAUGAAGAGCAAGCAGAUGGACAGGAGGACGGAGCAGAGUGGCAGGAAGGGGCCUGACCCCACAUUGCACACCUGGGAUGGGCUCUCCCCAUGUCCCCAAGAGCCCCUGAGGGCCAGAGCAUCCCAGCGCUGCCAGGGCAUUAUGACGGAAGACCUGAGUGAUGGUGCUGCUCCUUUCCUGCCCAACAGCAGAACCCGCCGUCCCACCAGGAGUUCCAAAUUCAGCUGGUUGAGGUCACAUCAAAAGCGACAGCACAGAAGCAGACUGCAAAGAAAAUCAGCCUCUGGAAGAAGCUUGCCAUGGGGGAGACAAGGAGGAACUUCGAGUCCAGCCGCCAGCUCAGAGCUCCAUGGGAACCUACCCUCCACUUCCAGCAUGGAGGACCUCUCCAGAUUCCUGAUGGAGUCUUUGGACACCACUCAAAUCUGCUUCGGCCUGCUGGCCAAAAUGGGAAAAAACAAUGACAGAGGUGCUCAAAGGGCACGCGGGGGCUACAGGAGCGAAUACCUCAUCUGCAUGCAGUGCUGUCAGUGCCUGGACAACAACUGCCCACACCACAGCAGCUCCUCAGCCGCCACGGCCACGCUGACUGCCUUGCUCUACUCCCUGGAUGUGGUGGUGCAGGAGGAGGAGGUGAAGCUGAAGGUUGGGUUGCUCUUUGAGCUGUCCAACGGUGGGAAGACGCUGCACACGUGGGGCAAAAACGUGUGGCUGCCCAAACGUUGUGGCAGUGAGGAACACUGCGAGGAGUGUGGGGAGCCUCUGCCCAGAAGUCUCAAGGAGUGGGGGAUGCAGCAAGGGGGGUCCCUUCUCACCACAGCCCCCGUGUGGCCCCUGCCCCCGUGGGCACAGCCAAUCCCUCCGGAUGCCCUGGAACGGCUGCGGAGAGCAGGGAUGGAGCCCAUGCCCCAGGUGGAGUACAGGGGCCUGGAGCAUUGCAGCACAGCGCAGUGCCUCCUGUGCUUAUGGUGGAGGAUGAAGAGCGGAGUGAAGAACCCGAAGAAAGUGGGGACAGCUGAGGGCAGCAGAGAGAUCAGCAUCUGAUGGCACUGUGGGAAGGGACCAGCUGCUGCCCGGCCCUCUGCUGCUUGAUUUUGAGUUCUCAGCUGCGGUGUAGGGAGCACCAGCAAUAAAGGGGACCGUGGCAUACUGUGA